AUUUUGUGUGCGCUUAUGUGUGCAUGUAUGGGUGGGUGGGUGGCAUAAGUAUACAUGUAUAUAUAUUUCCACAUUUUUUAACAUUUUGGUGAGCACAAUUAGUAGUGCGCGAAGAACUCACACUCUCGACUUUUUCUCCUCACUUCGCCAUUCCAACUCCGACACCGACUCCAACGCCAACGUUAAAUUUCCAAAAUGACGAAAGAAAUCACAGCCAUGAUUAAAGAUGCUGAUAUGAAUCGUGAUAUGCAAGAAGAUGCUGUAUAUAUAGCUGCUAAUGCUAUCGAUGAACAUGAUACAGAACAAGAGAUUGCUCGGUAUAUUAAAACAGAAUUUGAUCAAAAACAUCAACCAUAUUGGCAUUGUAUAGUAGGAGGAACAUUUUCUAGUUCCUAGAGGAACAUAGGGCUUCAGCUGCGCACCUCCAUUGACUUCGGUUUUCUGACAACUUUUUCACCCUGCUCCAGGUCUGCCCACAUGCUUUCAUCUCCUCUUCACAUGACCUCCUCCAAGUCACCCUUGGACGCUAUGUGGACUGUGGAAACUUGAAAUGCGAAACUUCUGUUCACAAGCCCAGGAUGAAACCCAGUCAGUCAUUUCUUAUUAAAAACCUGACUGGUUUUACACUAACUCUUAAAUCUUUGUUUGCAACAUUAUCACAGUUCCAGUCCUCAUUUUAAGUUUGGUUGUUAUAUACUGACUUUCGAAAACACAACAGACAUUUGAGCUGUUUCUCUAAUCUAAAUUUUGUGGCAAAGAUUUUCGCAACCUUUCGUAUGAGCUCAUGGAAUUCAAUGAGCUUAUCAGUAAACCUUCUGCUGUCUACUGAACACAACUGAAUCACAUCUAUUUCUUCUCAUUCUUAAAGAAUCUAAUAAAAUUUGGUAACCAAAUAAACACUUUAAAUCAAACAAUAAUUUUAACACAAAGUGGAAUGCUCAACAUUCUUAUAUUAAAAUAAUUUCCACAAAACUAGUGUAAUUACUCCCAGUUUUUCUAGAGGACAUAUACAGCGAACGCCGUUAAUAAAGAGGUCGUUCAUUAUGCAACGUGAUGGACCCAGCCAACUAGUCACACUGCCUUAUAUGUCUAUCACCAAAAGUCUUAGUUAAUUGGAUGAUAGGUACACCGUUAACCCUGGCUGCACCCUUCAAAGUCUUAUAUAAUAUAAUGUAGUCAAUUUUUAGAAGCAAAGGGAAGAAUGUGAAUGGAACAAUAAAGCAGAAGAAGAAUGAGUUGAACACAUGAGGUAAUAAACUGAAAAAGAAAAAACUGGGUUAUGACGGAGAGUUUCAACACCCUAAUAUGUGGGCAAUGGAAAAAAAAAAAAAAAAAAAAAAAAAUAGAUCAACAGAAAGAUCUUGCCUGAAAUCCUAAAAACCAUACAACGAUCAACAGAAACUAAACGAAAACAAAGUUGAUACGAGAUAAGUAAUGUCCAGUUUAUUUUCUAAAACAGUACUAUCGACAUUAAAGGAAUCGUUAGAUUGAAUAAGUACACGUAAAUCUUCCUCAUGCUUGACAUUGAAACAAGCAGGCUGGUAUUCAGUGGCGUUUGGUUUGAAAUUAUUUGAAUAAGACCUCUGAGGCUAACUUCAAAUGAGCAAUUAUUCCUUUGAAAACAAUCUAAUACAGAAAUAAGCCAAACAAAAGUUUUCAGAUCAUCAGUUUGCAGGAACAUUGUAAGUUAGCUAAGAGAGAAAAAGAAUAAAGUCGAGAAAGUGUACCAACUUAAGAUAGAUUAGAUUCAUGAAGCAAUGCGGAGAAGUUUAAGAAGAUUUACUAUAUUUUACUUAAAACAUGAUUGAGUUGUAUAC